AUGGUUUCUGGAGCGGUGUUUUCGCAGUUGACGGAUGUGGCGGAUUCUAUAGUUUUAGCGUCUGGCACGCUGCACCCGCAUGAGGCAGUUAUCUCAGAGCUUGGCUCGGGCUUUCAACGUCGUUUACAACUAAAACCGCCACCGCUGGCGGCUCCUCAUGUGAUACCGCAAACGCAGCUGCAGGUGUUGCCUUACAAGACAGCGAAGCCGUGCACGCAUGAAAAUCUGCUGCAAGAAGAAUUUUUGCUAUGACUUGAAAAAGUACUUACAAAUGAGUAGUACAACUACAGCAGGUGUGUCUGGUGCACGCACAAGUACGUACGGCUACACAAAAGAGGGUUUUUGUUCUUAGUUGUACAUUCAUUCAUCUACUCCUACACAACACGUAGCCUCUAACCCAGGAAGACAUCGGACACAAACUACUUCAAGUUCUUCGCUGCGUGCCUGGGGGAAACGGGGUCCUCGUCUUCUUCUCAAGUGGUCAGGUUGUGGAAAGAGCAAUACCCCUCUGGAAUCGCAAGGUGCUGGCUAGAAAAACGUCGGCCUGGAUGAAGCCUGAUGACGUCGCGGCACCACCAACUGCUAAC